AUGUCGUCAUCUGCCGAGCGAGUCUUUCGGAUCUAUGAGCUUACCGAGCUCAUACUCCUGGAAUUAGACUGCCCUGUUGAAAUAACCCGUGCUCAGAGUGUUGGCCGUUACUGGAGAAAUGUCAUUCAGACAUCUUCGGCCCUUGCUAAGGCCUGGGCCGUGGAAAAACAUGCUAGCCACACAGCCCCCUUGCGAUUGGUGUACACCAUCGAAUCAACAAAGGAAUAUCUCCUUAUGGGCGACGUCAUGGUUAUUAUAGAGCAAAUUGGACGGUGGCGCGAGGGUCGCGAAACCUUAACAUAUUCUCUCGAUAGAAGAAAUCUGAUGUCAUUAAGAGUUGACGAGUCCAAUUUCCAACCUCAAGAUUUUGAUAGUAUGUCGCAGAUCAUUCCAGACGACGACGUCGCCAUUAAAGUCUUGGUCAAUGACGCCCAGGGACGCCUUGGCCCUGCAUUUUCGCUUCAGCGCUACUACCUAGACACAAAUCUAGGCAAAAUUGCUAAAGGUUUCGCACAUAAGAUAUUUUUGAAAAAGGAGAAUAUUUAG